UCUCGCACACAAAUACCACCACACCGCCUGGGCCUCCUCCUCCCACCACCCAAGCAAGCACCAGCCGCCGCAGCCGAACCACAGAGGAGGAAGCCACCAAAUUAAUCCGUCUCCCACCCCUCCCCCUGCACAGGCGAUCGUCUCCAGGGCCGGCGAAAUGGCAAAUGCAGCAUCAGGCAUGGCUGUGGACGACGAAUGCAAGCUCAAGUUCCUUGAGCUGAAGGCGAAGAGAACCCACCGCUUCAUCAUUUACAAGAUAGAUGAGAAGAAGAAGAUGGUUGUCGUGGAGAAGGUCGGUGAGCCCGCCCUGAACUAUGAAGAUUUCGCUUCUAGCCUCCCUGCCAAUGAAUGCAGAUACGCAAUAUUCGACUAUGACUUUGUUACCGAGGAGAACUGCCAGAAGAGCAAGAUAUUCUUUGUUGCAUGGUCUCCUGAUACAGCACGCGUGAGAAGCAAGAUGAUCUACGCGAGCUCCAAGGAAAGGUUCAAGAGGGAGCUCGAUGGCAUCCAGGUGGAGCUGCAGGCGACAGAUCCAGACGAGGUUGGCUUUGAUGUUAUCCAAGGCCGUGCAAACUGAGAGGCAUGGCUGUGCUGCUGUUGCUACUUAAGUAUGAGCCUCUGGUGAUGAUUUAGCGCUUGCUGAGGCUGGUUAUGAGUUGUUGCCAUGAUGCGGUGAUGAGUUGCCAUGUGUACUACCUAAGGAAGAUGUAAGCUGUGACUCGUGCAACAAACAAAUCUAUCCUUUCUGUUUGUUGGUUCAUGGAUAUUUGUUGUCCUCUUAUCCAUGCUAAGAUCAGUUGCAUUUUCAUCAUAGAACUUUUUUGGUAGAUUCUUUGCGAACCCACCUCAGAAUUGUUGUUGAAGUCUAUGGCUUGCUGUUACAGAGGCUAAUUAGUAAUUACCCAACACAUUGCAAUGAUAAGAUCCUGUUCUGAAUGUAGCCAUGUACUCUAUUUAA